GCGAUGGCAUCGUCAUCCGCCCACAGAUGAAAACGUGUUCCCGGCUAUAGCGGAUCAGUUUUCUUCCAAAUGAAGAAUUUAGUUAGCUGAAUCAAUUUCCCAUCUUCACUGACCGUCAAGAUUCAGAUUCUCGCUUUCAAACUGUGUACUGCAAAUCAUUAUUCCUCAUGAAUACCACGGCGCAGGGGGCGAACUAUUUUACUGGAUUUACAAGGUUGUGUAAAGGACUUUGUGUUGUUCUUAUUGCUGGACACGUUCUUGUUCAGAUCAUUCCAUCUACUGUUAUCUAUCUUGCACUUAUUCCAGCCAGGACUAUUCCCUUUGGUUGGAAUCUCAUAACUGCUGGUUAUAUUGAACAAUCAACUCAUGGGGUGAUUCUUAGUAUUAUUGGUCUCCUUUUCUUAGGCAAGCUGCUAGAACCCAUAUGGGGUUCCAGGGAGUUCCUGAAGUUCAUUUUUGUUGUGAACCUUUUGACUUCUGUAUGCGUUUUUAUAACAGCUAUUUCACUCUACUACGUUACAAGGCAGGAAAUUUACCUUUAUUUGCCUGUUUCUGGAUUUAAUGGUAUCCUUGCCGGGUUUUUAGUUGGCAUCAAGCAAAUUAUACCUGAUCAAGAACUAUCUUUGUUACGAUUGAAGGCAAAGUGGCUGCCUUCAAUCAUGUUAAUGGUGGCUAUUAUUGUGAGCCCGUUUACAAUUGACGCAGCAUCAUAUCUUCCACUGGUGAUUUUCGGAACAUAUAUGAGCUGGAUUUACUUACGAUACCUACAGAAGAAACCAGAGGCUAAGAUUCGCGGUGACCCAAGCGAUGAAUUUGCAUUUUCAUCAUUCUUCCCAGAAUUUGUUAGACCAGUAAUUGACCCCGUUGCUUCAGUAUUUCAUCGGCUUCUAUGUGGAAGAAAUGAAAAUUCCAGUGAGGAUGAGGGAUACACUUUGGGUGCCACUUCCUUGCCUGGUUCUGAUCCCAUUGAAGCUUCAAGAAGAAGAGAAAGAGGCGCUCGAGCACUUGAAGAGAGAUUAGCCACGGAGAGGUUGGGCUCUGGAGGUAGAGGAGAAGAUUCGAAGAAGGACGAUGCCAUAGAUAAUGUCUGAAACCACCACAAUUACUUGUUAUGUACAUUCAUGCAAAAUGUAUCAAUAUAUUUACAGGUUUUCUGGAGAGGUUUCACUUUAAUCGUAUCAAUUCGGUUUAUUUCUCGGGAUUUGGAAAGUUUUGUGGUGUGUCUGUUUGGUGUAUCGGGUAUGCUCUCUGUUGUUUUUACACUGUUUUUAUUCUUUUCCCACGUGUAGUUUUCUGCAUAAAUAACUUGUCUUUCACUAGGAUAUGGACUUGGAAGUGUUAAAUUACUUAGUUU